AUGGCAGGUCCACCUCCAGCCCAGUCGACCGCCCCACUGCUUGUUGCAGAGCUCGAGAUUAACGGUUGGAACCUUGUGUUCAGAGCUACUUCCGGUAACGGGCAAAACGUGUACAGCGCAUGGAUGACAGGGCAGAAUGCCUCCACUACAAAACCGAUUGAUAUGUCGCGAACCUACUCCAGCCACUUCCGCCAGGAUAAUCUGAACGCUAUCUGGGCAAACCUCAACGUCAUUUACGUAAAGUUUGCUCUGUAUAGUGACAAACGCGAGGUUGGAUUCGUCAUCUUUGACGCACAAGGAAGCGACUUCAACAACUGGUUCGCAAAAGGUAGGGUCGUGGACGCAAGCUGGUCGGACCUCACAAAGACAACAACGUAUAAUUUCUUCUCGAUUGUCGGCGAUGUCAUAUCGACGAUUGAACGUCGCUUUCGCAUCAACACCCUGUAUCAUGGCUUUUGUCUCGGGGAUAUCGGACAUGUGGCGGUCAUCGAAAGGGAAGGGAGUUGUAAUAUGGACAAACAUCCCAGGUACCCGCAGUUCGUCUAUGCUGAUUUCAAUUCAGCAGACAUGUGGCAGAAACAGCAGUUUGGGCGGGCCAAUUACAUGGCGAUAUUUGUGAGCCAUUAGAACCGAUUGACCUAUGUAUAUUUG